UGUGGAGGUUCUUACCACCUCCAAGAGAGUGAGAGCCUGUGUGGUGUGUGCUUGUUGUCGUUCUAUAUCUAUGAUGCAGCUGCCAGCCUCUCUCCUCAAUGCUUCGUCCUACCUGGGACCGUCCCCCGAGGGCAAGGAGCUCCUGCCCCGAGCCGGCUUCAUCACCCUCUCCAUCGUCAUGGCUAUGUUCACCGUACCGGCCAUUGUGUUGAACUCCACGGUGAUCGUGGUGUCGCUGAUGAACAAGCAGCUGAGGCAACCUCUGAACUACGCCCUGGUCAACAUGGCCGUAGCUGACCUGGGGACAGCGCUGACUGGUGGGGUUCUGUCUGUGGUCAACAACGCUCUGGGGUACUUCUCCCUGGGACGGACCGGCUGUAUCAUAGAGGGAUUCUCUGUGGCUCUGUUUGGUAUCACGUCACUGUGCACGGUAGCUCUGAUUGCCAUAGAGAGGAUGUUUGUGGUGAGCAAGCCGCUAGGACCAAUCUCGUUCCAGACCAAGCAUGCGGUUGGGGGUGUGGCCUUGUCAUGGGUUUGGUCUCUCCUCUGGAACACCCCGCCCCUAUUCGGCUGGGGAAGGUACGAGCUGGAGGGCGUGGGGACUUCGUGCGCCCCGGACUGGCACAACCGGGACCCCAAUAAUGUGUCAUAUAUCCUGUGCUACUUCCUGCUGUGUUUCGCCGUGCCCUUCCUCAUCAUCGUGGCCUCUUACUCUAAACUAAUUUACACCUUAAGACAGGUCUCUGCAAUGGGCUGUAUAGAAGGGGGUGCAGCAGCCAAGGCGGAGGCUAAGGUGGCCCGCAUGGUGGUUCUGAUGGUGGUUACUUUCCUGGUCAGCUGGCUGCCCUACGCUACCCUGGCCCUCGUGGUGGUCUCCCACCCUGAUGCCCCCAUCAGCCCCCUGCUGGGCACUGUGCCAGUCUACCUGGCCAAGAGCAGCACAGUGUACAACCCUCUCAUCUACCUCUACAUGAACAAACAGUUCCGGAGAUAUGCAGUGCCAUUCCUGCUGUGUGGGAGGGACCCAUGGCCAUCUGAGGAGGAGGGGUCAGAGAUGCAGACCACUGUGGCAACCAUCAACAACAAAGUCUCCCCCAGUUGA